GGGCUAGGGUGCUCUACAGGAUUGGUGUGCUCUGUCUAUUGGCUAAAAGUCUUGCACAAGCAUGGAGCUCAGCAAAAUCUUUGAGUAUAUCGAUGGACACCAGGAAGUCUACAUUGGUCGGUUGAAAGACGCUGUGGCAAUCAAGAGUGUGUCGGCAUGGCCAGACCAUCGGCACGAAGUCGUCAGAAUGAUUGACUAUGCUGUCGAUGAGUUGAAACGAUUAGGAGCCGAAGCGUGGAAAGUUGAUCUUGGCAAACAAAAGGAUCACGAUGACUUGCAGCUGCCUCCAAUCAUAUUGGGCUAUCUGGGCAAAGAUCCAAAGAAGAAGACGGUUUGCAUCUAUGGACACUUAGAUGUACAGCCUGCAUUAAAGUCUGAUGGUUGGGACACCAAUCCUUUCGAACUGGUCGAGAAGGACGGCAAGCUGUAUGGAAGAGGUUCAACAGACGACAAGGGUCCAGUGCUUGCUUGGUUCAAUGUAAUCGAAGCUUACCAAAAGCUAGGAAAAGACAUUCCAAUCAACAUCAAGUUUUGCUUUGAGGGUAUGGAGGAAAGUGGCAGUGAGGGUCUUCACGAUCUGAUUGUGUCCGAAAAGGACAAGUUUUUCAAGGAUGUGGAUUACAUCUGUAUUUCGGACAACUAUUGGUUGGGGAAGAACAAACCGUGUGUCACGUAUGGUUUGAGGGGAAUUUGCUAUUUCAUGUUGGAAAUUGAGUGUGCUUCGCAAGAUCUCCAUUCAGGCCUCUUUGGUGGCACAGUGCAUGAAGCAAUGGUUGACCUUGUUCAUUUGCUUGACUCGUUGGUUGACACACACGGCAAUAUCAAGAUUCCUGGAGUGAGCGACUCUGUAGCACCACUCACUGAGGAAGAAGCCAAAUCAUACGAGGCCAUUGACUUUGAUGUUGAGGACUAUCGAAAAGACAUCGGUGCUAAGAAGCUGUCCAAGGAAGGAAAAGCCAAAAUUCUUCAACAUCGCUGGCGAUAUCCAUCACUAUCUCUACAUGGUAUUGAAGGCGCAUUUGACGGUAAAGGUGCCAAAACGGUCAUUCCACGAAAGGUGAUCGGCAAGUUUUCUAUCCGCCUCGUUCCCAACCAGGAACCAAACGAAAUCGAACGACUGGUGAACGAGCACAUUCACAAGGUCCACACUGCCUCACAAAGCCCCAACCGCAUCAACUUGAGCUUGAGCCAUGGAGCGAAGCCGUGGGUGAGUGACGUUUCUCACCCUCACUAUGUAGCUGGUAGAAAUGCUGUCAAAACGGUGUUCAAUGUUGAUCCUGAUCUGACGCGAGAGGGUUGUAGCAUUCCCGUCACUCUUACACUCGAGGAAGAAACCGGUAGGAACGUCCUGCUACUGCCACUCGGCUGUUGCGACGACGGGGCUCAUUCGCAGAAUGAGAAAAUAAAUCGGUCAAACUUUAUCAAUGGAAUCAAAGUUCUUGCUGCUUACUUUGAAGAGGUCUGCAAGCUGGAGUAGUAGCUCCUACGUACUGCAUUGAUCAACUGACACAUGCACUAGCUCAACUGUCUGCUGCAUAUAGUUACCCCAUGACAUCGCAUUUGAACCUUUUACUUUUGUAUCUGCAAUUGAAAUGAGCUCAAGCAUAGGAGCAGCAAAUUUUUAUAUGAUUUAUACAAUUGGUGAUUACCA